AUGGGGAACAAGCGAGCCCAUCGACGUGCACUAAGGCUGGUGGCACUGACAGGAUUGGCAGCCCUCAACACUUUCGGCAAGGCCUCUCGCUUCAACUCCACGUGGGUCCACACGGACGGGGUGAGCUGGUCAACGAUUGACUACGUGUGCGUGCGUCUUCAGGGAGGCUACGGCCGCGCGAGCCGGCCGCUCAUUGACCUCCCAGUGAGCUUGGGAGGCUACCGGGAUCAUCGACCUGUGGAGGCAACGAUAUAUGCUGGACUACGGUGCAAGCUACAACGCCCUCCUUCAGAGCUUCGCUGGAAUAGGGACCUCAUCAUGACAGACCUCAAGAACCUGCAGAGGGCCCAGCAGCAGGAGAGCUCCAUGAUCCCCGAACGGGUCUCACAGUUGUGUGGCGCAGUAGAUCGGCAUCUUCGUGAGCGACGUCUUCGGGGAGAGUGGCAACAUGUGUGUGGUCCUGGCCAGGCGUAUGGCACGACGUCUGAGUACUUCGAUGCCCUCGAGGGCGCUAUCGUUGACGCAGCGGUGGACAUCUAUACCACGCUGCCCACCAAGCAGGCGGCCCCCGCCUUUCCUGAUGAGACGUGGGAGCUUAUCGCUAAGAAGCAGCUCUACCAACGCAUGCUCGCCAAGGCUGUCCUGGGGAGUUGGCUACACAAGACACUGACGAGCCAGCACAAGCACUUCAUGCGGUUGGCGAAGAAAGCAGUCCGAGCCUUUCGCAGACAACGAACAGCAGAGCUAGUUGACCAAGCUGAGCAGGCGGACCAUCACAACGACAUCAGGAAGGGCUACGCUAUUAUUAGAAGUAUCGCUCCGAAGCCCACGGCUCCAUCUAUGACGGUCCACAAUCCUGCUACUGGGACGGUAUGCUUUGACCACGAGGAGGACAUGGAAGUACGAGCCCGAGCCCUGUGUACCAUUUUUCAGGCGGAAGAUGUCACGGAGUCUGCGCCGCAGCGGCCUCCACGCCACGGCAUGGGCGUCUUGGACGACCCCUCGGAGGCCAUCACCGUCGAGAACACGAUAGAAGCAGUCAGAAAACUACCCAACCAUAAGGCGGCCCCCGUCUUGAAGUGGAGCGAUCCUGGGAGUGCGUUGUCACCGAUGCCGAGACCACAAUCAGACGGGGCGGUAGCAGAAAUAUGGAAGCUUUGCCUCGACUACGUCGCUGAGCCCUUGACCCAAGUUUUCCAGGCUUGCCACCAAUUGAAGCAGGUUGCCCAGAGAUUCAAAGAUGGAGAAACGGUAUCGCUUCGCAAACCCAAAGGUGACGGUCGUAACGCUCAAGAUCAUUAUCGAACGAUCAAUUUGAUUAACCACAUGGGGAAAGCAUUCAUUAAUGUAGCAUGCAUGGGCGAUUUACGUAAGUGCGCUGGCCGAUUAUCUACUACCCAAUUUGGUGCAUUACCACAGCGAUCAACACGAGACGCAGUGGUUAUUGUGGAUGAGAUUAUUCGCCGUUUCAGGGUGUGCCGAAGUCGCACCAACCUCCCUGCGCUGAUCUUGGUCGCUGCUCUUGUCGACUUGGAAAAAGCAUUUGAUUUGUUACCCAGGGACAAGGUUUGGGAAUCGCUGGACAGGCUGGCCGUUUCGAAGGGCGUCCGAUGA